GUCUUGGCUGUCAGAAUAGCAGCAAGCAGCGUCGGCGGCGGCAGCAGCGGGGAGUUUUGGAGCGGACUUAAUUUUCUUGUAUUUGUUUCCCCUUUGUCACGAUGCCCGUGACAGAGAAGGAGUUAGCCGAGGAUGCGCCCUGGAAGAGAAUCCAGCAAAACACCUUCACCCGCUGGUGUAACGAGCACUUAAAAUGCGUCCACAAGCGAAUCGGCAACCUGCAGACUGACCUGGAGGACGGUUUGAGGCUCAUCGCCUUGCUCGAGGUCCUGAGCCAGAAGAAGAUGUACAGAAAGUACAACCAGAGACCCACCUUUCGACAGAUGAAGCUGGAGAACGUGUCUGUGGCGUUGGAGUUCCUGGAUCGAGAGAACAUCAAGCUCGUAUCCAUAGAUAGCAAGGCAAUUGUGGACGGUAAUCUGAAGCUCAUCCUGGGGCUCGUAUGGACCUUGAUUUUACAUUACUCAAUAUCAAUGCCAGUCUGGGAGGAUGAGGAUGAUAAUGAAGCCAAGAAGCAGACACCAAAACAGAGACUGCUGGGCUGGAUUCAGAACAAGAUCCCUUACCUACCAAUCACUAACUUCAGCAAUGACUGGCAGGAUGGCCGGGCACUGGGGGCACUAGUUGACAGCUGUGCUCCAGGUCUAUGCCCUGACUGGGAGGACUGGGAUGCUGGCAAACCAGUGGACAAUGCACGUGAAGCAAUGGAGCAGGCAGAUAAGUGGCUUGGAGUUCCACAGGUUAUCGCUCCAGAAGAAAUCAUUGACCCUAAUGUGGAUGAGCACUCUGUCAUGACCUACCUCUCCCAGUUCCCCAAAGCCAAGCUGAAGCCGGGAGCUCCACUGAAGCCUAGACUCAACCCGAAGAAGGCCAGAGCAUAUGGGCCAGGUGUUGAACCCGUUGGCAAUAUGGCAAUGUGUCCAGCAACCUUCACAGUGGAAACAAUUAGUGCUGGGCAAGGGGAGGUUACUGUUUACAUUGAAGACCCAGCUGGGAGCCGUGAGGAGGUAAAAGCUGUUCCUAACAAUGACAAGAAUAAGACCUUCACUGUCACCUAUGUGCCCAAGGUCACUGGGCCUCAUAAGGUCAUUGUUCUGUUUGCUGGACAGCACAUUUCCAAGAGCCCCUUUGAGGUAAAUGUUGCCAGAGCCCUGGGAGACGCAAGUAAAGUUCUGGCGAAAGGUCCUGGGCUUGAGCCAUUUGGGAAUGUUGCCAAGAAGCCAACUUACUUUGAUCUGCUCACUGCAGGUGCUGGUGCAGGAGAUGUCUCUGUGGCAAUUGCAGAUCCGUAUGGUGCCAAAGACAAUUUGGACAUUAUGAUUGAUGAAAGAGGAGAUGGCAUUUACCGGUGUACCUACUGCCCUGAUCAGGCAGGUCCUCACACUCUCAGUGUUACUUUUGCUGGUGCUCACACUCCCAAAAGUCCUUAUACUGUUAACAUUGCUGAGGCUUGCAACCCAAAUGCCUGCCGGGCCAGCGGGCGAGGACUUCAACCUAAAGGCCUGAGGAUCAGACAGGCCGCCGUCUUCAGGGUGGAUACUAACAAUGCAGGAAGUGGAGAUUUGAAGGUUCAAAUUAAGAGUCCAAAGAACCUCGAGGAGCCUGUGCGGCAGAAGGACUUUCUCAACGGAGUUUACACCUUUGAGUACUACCCUCAUGUUCCAGGGAUGUAUGUGGCAGAUAUCACAUGGGGAGGCCAUCAUAUUCCCAAAAGUCCAUUUCAAGUUGAUAUCAGCCCAGAAGCAGCUCUUCAGAAAAUCCGUGCCUGGGGUCCAGGCCUGGAGGGAGGCACUGUUGGAAAAUCAGCUGACUUCAUUGUCGAAUCUGUAGGCCCAGAUGCAGGCACAUUGGGGCUCGCUAUUGAAGGUCCAUCUCAAGCAACCAUUGAAUGUGAAGACCAAAAUGAUGGCUCAUGUAAUGUGAGGUAUUGGCCCACAGAAGCUGGAGAGUAUGCAGUGCAUGUCACAUGUGAUGACGAGGAUAUCGAGGACAGCCCCUUCAUGGUCCAAAUCCAGCCAGCCAGCAACAAGUACAACCCAGAAAAGGUUAGAGCGUUUGGGCCUGGCCUUGAGAAACUUGGGUGCAUUGUUCAUACUCCAGCAAAGUUCACAGUGGAUGCCAAGAAUGCCGGGAAAGCUCCAUUGAAGAUUUAUGCACAGAAUGUGGAAGGGUCGCCUGUAGAUGUCCAGGUGAAUGAGCGAGGAGAUGGGACCUUUGACUGUUCUUAUACUCCUAUUGUUCCAAUCAAGCACACAAUAGCUGUCGCCUGGGGUGGAGUGAAUGUGCCAAGCAGUCCAUUCAGGGUCAAUGUUGGUAAAGGGAGCUAUCCUCAGAAUGUCAGAGUGUCUGGUCCAGGGGUGAAGCGCUCUGGCCUGAAGGCCAAUGAGCCCACACUUUUCACAGUGGACUGCACUGAAGCAGGUGAAGGUGAUGUCAGUGUUGGGAUCAAGUGUGGUCCCCAUGUAAUCAGUGAUACAGAAGAAGACAUCGGCUUUGACAUCAUCCCUAAUGCUAAUGACACGAUCACUGUGAAGUAUGUUCCACAAGCUGCUGGCUUGUAUACCAUCAAAGUGCUUUUUGCUGGUGUGGAAAUUCCAACCAGUCCUUUUGAUGUUAAAGUAGAACCAUCACAUGAUGCCAGUAAAGUAAAAGCAGAAGGUCCAGGAUUGAACAAACGUGGUUUGGAAAGUGGGAAGCCAACUCAUUUUACCGUUUUUACUAAAGGAGCAGGGAAAGCCCCCCUGGAUGUUAAGUUUAACAGCCCUUCCAAAGGAGAUGCAGUUCAGGAUUUUGACAUCAUUGACAAUUACGAUUAUUCAUACACAGUCAAGUACACCCCCCUGCAGCAGGGUAAUUUAGAUGUGGCUGUGCUGUAUGGCGGAGAUUCAAUUCCAAAGAGUCCCUUCAGUCUAAAUGUGGCAGCGCCCCUGAAUCUGAGCAGGGUUACAGUGAGUGGUCUGGAAAGCAGAACUGAAGUUGGGACAGGCCAGGAAUUUACUGUCAAUACAGCAGGAGCUGGAGGGCAGGGUGCCCUGGAGGUGAGGAUUGCCAGCCCUUCUAAUAAGCCUGUUCCCUUUGAACUGUGCCCCACGCCAACUGGCGAUAGUACUGUGGUCAAGUAUACACCCAACGAAGAAGGUCCUUAUAGUUUGGAUGUCAGCUAUGAUGGAAAUCCAAUUUUGGGAAGCCCAUUUUACAUGGAAGCCACACUUCCUCCAGAUCCGUCCAAGGUUAAAGCUUAUGGACCUGGUCUCCAGCAUGGUCUUGUCGGAAGUCCAGCGGAGUUCACAAUAGACACUAAAGGAGCCGGAACUGGAGGAUUAGGCCUAACAGUGGAAGGCCCAUGUGAGGCUAAAAUUGAAUGCUCAGACAAUGGUGAUGGCACCUGCUCUGUCUCCUAUCUUCCCACUGAGCCUGGCGAAUAUUUGGUAAACAUUCUUUUUGAGGAGGUUCACAUUCCUGGCUCUCCAUUCCAAGCGGAGGUCGAGUUUCCUUUUGAUCCUUUGAAGGUGGUGGUCUCUGGACCAGGCUUAAAAUAUGGCAAAGUUGGUGAAGCAAGCCUUAUAAAUGUGGACUGUGGUAAAGCUGGAUCUGGAGAGCUAUCUAUGGAGGCCGUUUCUGAUUUGGGUUCCAAGGCCGACACUUGUAUUCAGAACAAUGAUGAUGGCACCUACACAGUCCGUUACAUUCCAAAUGCUGCUGGCCCUUAUACACUAGCACUCAGAUAUGGAGGGCAAAUUGUGCCAAAAUUUCCUGUUAGAGUCGAAGUGGACCCUGCUAUUGACACAAGCAAGGUGAAGGUUUAUGGACCUGGAAUCACAGGUGAAGAUGUUUUCAGAGAGUCAACAACUGAAUUCACAGUCGAUGCUACUUCUUUGACCAAGGAGGGUGGAAACCACAUCAAGACCAACAUCAGCAGUCCAUCUGGACCUUUUGUGGAUUGUCUAAUCAGAGAUCAAAAUGAUGGAACCUAUUUAGUGGAAUACACACCUUUUGAAAAUGGUAUCCAUCAUGUGGAUGUGACCUAUGAUGACGUUCCAGUCCCGAAGAGUCCAUUCCAAGUGGAGGUGACGGAGGGCUGCAAACCAUCCCGAGUGCGGGCCCACGGAGCUGGGCUGCACAAAGGCCUGACUGACAAGCCCAAUAAAUUUGUUGUGGAGACACGCGGUGCUGGAAUUGGUGGCUUGGGAAUCACCGUGGAAGGUCCCUCUGAAUCCAAGAUGUCCUGCAAGGAUAACAAAGAUGGAAGUUGCAGUGUGGAGUACACCCCUUAUGUUGCAGGGAUCUAUGAUGUUAAUAUCACCUACGGUGAUCAGCAUAUACCUGGAAGUCCAUUUAAGGUACCAGUUGAAGAUGUUGUGGAUCCUUCAAAGGUGAAAGUUUCAGGAUUGGGUCUGGGAAGUGCAGUGCGAGCCAACGUUCCACAGACAUUCAGCAUUGACUGCAGCAGGGCAGGGAUCGCUCCUCUCGGUGUCACUGUGAAUUCACCCAAAUCAGGUACAUUGGAGCCUGUGGAGGUCACCGACAAUGGUGAUGGAACUCAUACUGUAGCAUACACUCCUUUGCUUGAAGGUCCUCACAGCAUCUCAGUGAAGUAUGCUAAUGAAGAUAUCCCUCGCAGCCCAUUUAAACUGAAAGUGCUGCCUACGUAUGAAGCCAGUAAAGUGCGAGCCAGCGGCCCUGGUCUUAGCUCUGGGAUUCCUGCUAGUUUUCCUACUGAAUUUACUGUCAGUGCUGUGGAUGCAGGGAAUGCACAACUAUCAGUUGACAUCACAGAUAGCGAAGGUAAACCGAAGAAAAGCACUAUCCAUGAUAACAGUGAUGGCACUUACAAAGUCUCCUAUGUGCCAGACAAGGCAGGGCGCUAUACAGUGGUCAUCAAGUAUGGUGGAGAAGAGAUCACUGCUUCCCCCUGUCGUGUGCGGGCCAGUACAACUGGAGAUGCCAGCAAGUGCACUGUAGCAGGUCCUGGCCUUGGUCCUACCAUCGGUGCAGGGCAGGAGGUCGGAUUUAUUGUUGACGCAAAAAGAGCAGGAAAGGGAAAAGUGUCCUGCACAGUGGUGACCCCUGACGGCCGAGAGGAGGAAGCUGAUGUCAUUGAGAAUGAAGAUGGCACUUUUGACAUAUUCUAUAAUGCUCUUACACCUGGAGAUUAUGUACUGUAUGUUCGCUUUGGUGGAGAAAAUAUUCCAAAGAGUCCCUUCAGGGUCCUGGUCACAGAUGAAGUUCCUGUUGUUCAGCAACAGACGGUACAACAACAAGCAGCCCAAGGAGUGUACCCUCCUGGUUUCCAGCCUUGGGUAACAGACGGAUCAUAUGUUCCUGUAAGUGAUAUGAACGGCAUUGGUUUUAGGCCAUUUGAAAUGGUCAUUCCAUUUCCUUUUAAAAAAGGUGAAAUCACUGGUAAAGUGCAGAUGCCCUCAGGAAAGACUGCGUGUCCGGACAUCCUUGACAACAAUGAUGGCACAAUAACUGUGCAAUAUUCACCCACUGAGGCAGGCCUUCAUGAGAUGGAAAUAAAAUACAAUGACAGGCACAUUCCAGAGAGCCCUCUGCAGUUCUUUGUGAAUUAUGUGAACAGUCCUAACGUGACAGCCUCUGGUCCAGGAUUGAUUUAUGGUGUUGCCAACAAACCAGCCACUUUCACCAUCUACACUGAGGAAGCCGGAGACGGAGGUCUGGAUCUGGCAAUUGAAGGGCCCUCUGAAGCUGAAAUCAGCUGCACUGAUAAUAAGGACGGCACCUGCUCUGUGACAUACCUGCCUACCUUACCUGGAGAAUACAACAUUCUGGUGCGGUACAAUGAUGAGCACAUCGUGGGCAGCCCUUUUACUGCCAAAAUUACAGAGGACACAAGAAGGAGAUCCCAAGUCAAGUUGGGUGCUACAGCUGACUUUUCUCUUGACAUCAGUGAGAAGGACCUUAGCCAACUUACUGCCAGUAUAAAAUCUCCUUCAGGGAGAGAUGAGCCAUGCAUCCUCAAGAGACAGCCAAACAACCACAUUGGCAUUUCCUUUAUUCCAAGAGAAGUUGGGGAGCACCUUGUUAGCAUUAAGAAGAAUAACUGUCACAUUACAAAUAGCCCAAUAUCAAUUAUGGUGGUCCAGUCUGAGAUUGGAGAUGCCAGCAAAGUGAAGGUUAAAGGACAAGGCCUGGUACAGGGACAAACAUUUGAGAUGUCUGACUUUGUUGUUGACACCACAGAAGCUGGCUUUGGUGGCCUUGCUUUGUCCAUUGAAGGUCCAAGUAAGGUGGAUAUCCAGACUGAGGACAUUGAAGAUGGGACCUGCAGAGUCUCGUACACUCCGACUGAACCAGGAGUCUAUUAUGUGUCCAUCAAGUUUGCAGAUGAGCAUGUUCCAGGUAGUCCAUUUACAGUGAAAGUAAAAGGAGAAGGUCGAAUACAAGAAAGCAUCACGCGCCGACAAGGUGCUGCAUCCAUAGCGACUGUUGGUAGCGUCUGUGACCUCAGCUUGAAGAUUCCGGUGACCUGGUUUCAACUAACUGUUGCUCAAAUGAGACUCUGCCACUUCACCAGUCUGACCCAGCCUAGCAAGGGACAGUCUGAAGGUUGUGCCUCUUAUUUGUUUAUUGAAGAAACUUCCAAACCCAAGGCUCGAGCUGCAGUUUUCAGCAACUGGACCCAGGACAGCACUGGCCUGACAAUUGGGCUGGAUGAUGAUACCUUUGGCAACUUGUCUGCCCAAGUAAAAAGCCCUUCUGGACAGACAGAGGAAGCAGAUGUUGUUCCAGUUGGCAGUAACACCUACAGCGUGCGCUUCAUCCCAAAGGAGAUGGGUGUGCACGCUGUGAGUGUGAAGUACCAGGGGCAGCAUGUGCCAGGCAGCCCCUUCCAGUUCACUGUGGGUCCCCUGGGAGAGGGCGGAGCCAGUAAAGUUAGGGUGGGCGGUCCAGGCUUGGAGAAGGCUACAGCUGGCUCCCCAGCUGAGUUUAGCAUUUGGACCAGAGAAGCUGGAGCUGGUGGUCUCUCCGUGGCAGUAGAGGGUCCCAGCAGAGCCGAGAUUACAUUUGAGGACAGAAAGGAUGCAUCCUGUGGAGUGUCCUAUAUUGUGCAGGAACCUGGUGACUAUGAAGUAGCCAUCAAAUUCAACGAUGAGCACAUACCAGACAGUCCAUUUGUUGUCCCAGUCAGCGCUCCAGAAGACGACAUUCGCAGGCUUACUGUUACCAGCCUUCAGGAGUCGGGCCUUAAGGUUAACCAGCCUGUGUCUUUUGCUGUCAAGAUGAACGGAGCAAAGGGCAAAGUCGAUGCUAAAGUCCAUAGUCCCUCCGGAGCCCUUGAGGAGUGCUUUGUGUCUGAACUUGAACCAGAGAAAUAUGCCAUUCGAUUUAUUCCCCGUGAAAAUGGCCUGCACUUCAUUGAUGUGAUGUUCAAUGGCGAACAUAUUAUGGGAAGCCCAUUCCAGGUCCGUGUGGGGGAACCAGGACAGACUGGAGAUCCAGGCCUGAUCACUGCUUAUGGAGCUGGUCUUGAGCAUGGUACCACAGGUACGCAGGCAGAAUUUACUAUCAACAACAGUAAAGCAGGGCCUGGUGCUCUGUCAGUUACCAUUGAAGGACCAUCCAAAGUCAAGAUGGACUGCCAUGAGUGUCCUGAAGGCUACAAAGUCCAAUACACACCAAUGGCUCCAGGGAAUUAUCAGAUUGGCAUCAAGUAUGGUGGACCUAUUCACAUAACUGGGAGCCCUUUUAAGGCAAAAAUCACAGGCACUCGUCUCAUCAGUGCAGCUGGUGCCAAUGAAACCUCUUCCAUCGUGGUGGGUUCAGGGCCCAAGUCUCCUUUGAAGAGCAUGCCCUACGGCAUCCCUAGGUUUUCUUCAGACAGCAGCAAAGUGACCUGCAAAGGCCCAGGUCUAAGCAGGGCACAGGUGGGCCAGAAGGCAUCAUUCUUCGUUGAUGGUUCCAAAGCAGGUAAAAACAUGUUGCUGGUUGGCAUGCUUGGACCCACAAAUCCAUGUGAAGAAGUGUCUGUGAAACAUUUAGGAAGCAAUCAAUACACAGUCAGCUAUGUUGUGAAGGAAAAGGGAGUCUAUAUCCUGGCUGUCAGGUGGGGAGAUGAAGACGUUCCCGGAUCUCCAUUUCACAUUACUGUUGUUCCAUAACCACUGAGCAGGAACCGAAGUCCUAAAUACUGAGCUCAGAAAGUCUACAGUCAAUUAAAAACAAGAGGACUUUUGCACAUGCCUAAAUGGGAACAGAUUCUUUAGUAUGAAUAUUUGCCUGCUAAUAAAUAUUUUAAAGUGUUAAUUUUAACUUUUCCAUAAAGUUCUCAGCUUCGACAUCUUGGUGACCUUACAAACUGGGACGUGAACUGGAAUGGGCUGCAGAUUCUGCCGUGGUUUGCUUGUUUUGUUUUUACUACUGAUUGUUCUUUGUUACAUUUGGAUUUUAUUUAUCUGCCAAUGUCCAAUGCAGAUGUUCUAAGGUUUUAAUUUCAUUUUGUCAUCUCAUUUGAUUCAGCAUGUCUCAGUUUUGCCAUCUGCCUUAUUGCCGAAUGCCAAUGUUUACAAAGCAAUAAAAAGUCAAGUAAU